AUGGCUGAGGAGAACAAAGAAGGCUAUCCAACGGCACCACCGGCCGACGGUUCUUCCCGGAGCGCUGAAGAGGCGGGCAAAGCAACCUCUAAUGAGCUCCGCCGCCAGAAACGAAAGAAACUUUUGUUGUAUGGCUUAGCCUUUGUCAUUUUCCUAACCGGAAUCAUCAUCGUACUCUUCUCAACGACAUUUAUGAAAAUCAGAACUCCCGAAAUCCAGUUUCAGUCGGGCACGUUUGGCUAUUUCAAUGUUCAAUUUUUUGAUGCCGCUAAUGAAAGCAAAAGCCCUUCGUUCAAUGUGUCGAUGAACGCUGUGCUGGGGAUCAAGAACAGCAAUUUCGGCCCGUACAAAUAUGAUAGCACUACCGUGUAUUUCUUUGACAACGGUAUUCAAGUGGGGAGUGCAAUUAUCCCGAAAUCGAAAGCUAGUUUCCGGUCUACUAAAAAGAUCAACGUCCCGGUAAACCUGGUCUCGCCAACCAAUUUAUCAAUGUCUUCCCUAAUUGGAUUUGAGAUAGGUACCGGGUUAAUUUCUUUAACCAUCCAAUCCGAAUUGAAUGGAAAAGUGGAGCUAAUGUUUGGGGUCAAGAAGAAGAAAACUAUAGACCUGAAUUGCUACGUGGACAUCCUUUCAGGGGCACAGGAGAUCACGACUAUCAUAUGCAAUUGA